GUUUGAGUCAUUUGUUGUUACUAUUUACAUUUGUUAGUUUGUCAACAAGGAACGAGUAAGCCACAAUGAAGUUUUUGCUUGUUUCAUUCUUCUGUUGCAUAAUUUUUGGCAAGUCAUUCUCGAAGAAUUUUGACGACGUUGACGAUUUCAAAGUCUUGAAAGGCGACUAUGGCGUGCAUGCCGAUGAAGAUGUGCGAGCUUUUGUGCAUCCAGCACCUAAGUCUAUAACAUUUGAAAAGAGAAGUGCAUUCAAUGCUUUACGUAACAAUCCACCAUUUCCAAUCUUAUCAAAUGAUGAAAUUGAAGAUGUUGAAUUUAACAAAGAUUUUGAUGAUCAAGAAUUGUCCAGUUUAGGCGCUGAAGGAAGUGCCUUAACAAAUGAAAAUAUCGAAAAAAGAGACAUCAAGAAUCCAAAGAAAGACAAACGUGAAGCUUUAGGUGACAAAAGCUUAAUCCACACUUUAAGCAUACAGAAGAACAAUAAAAUGAAUGAGAAGAUCAAGGAUACGCCAGACAAUUCAAAAUUCCAUGGAGCACAAUUUUUGGACGAAUAAAGAUUUUCAAUGCAAUUAUUAAUAAAAGUUUAAUAUUCAAUUUACCUC